GAGCAAAAGAGGUACAAGGGUCAGGCGAGAUCCGACAAUCCGCCGCACAUUUUCGCGGUGGCCGACGCCGCGUAUCAAGCGUUGUUGCAUCAGCGGCAAAAUCAAGCGAUCGUGAUCAGCGGUGAGUCGGGGGCGGGGAAAACCGAGAGCGCGAAUCUGCUGUUGAAACAAUUGGUCUACCUCAGCAAAGCACCGAAUCGGAACUUGGAGGAGAGGAUCCUUCAAAUAAAUCCGAUAAUGGAGGCGUUUGGUAACGCGACCACCGGGAUUAACGCCAACUCGUCCAGAUUUGGAAAAUACUUGGACCUGACCAUGACCAAAGGUGGUAAAGUGACAGGAGCCAGGAUAUACGUGUAUCUGUUGGAACAGUCUCGAGUUGUCGCUCAAGCCGAAGGGGAACGUAAUUUUCAUAUAUUUUAUUACAUGUACGAUGGCCUGGAGGCGGACGGCCGCCUCUCUGAAUUCCAUUUGGAUCUGAAUCUUCGAAAGAAUCAUCGAUUCUUGACCGAUCAUUGUCAAACGUCUCAAACGCAUAUAGACAAGUUCCAACAGUUGAAAGCCGGGUUUAAACUGCUUGGAUUUCAAGACGGGGAAGUUGAUACGGUGUAUCGUAUCCUGGCAGCUAUACUUCAUCUCGGUGAUAUCGAGUUUAGCGAGGUGGCCAGCGAGGAUAACACCGAUAAUAAGAGCCACGUGAUUCAAGUCGAGCCUUUGCGUAAAG